GAUUGUCAAGUCUGCGCUCGUGUAAAAGUCAGCGGGUUAUUCUGUCCAAAAUGGCGCUUUGUUUACGUAUGUGUACUGUGGUGUAGUUACAAUAAUGAUUUUUGCCAAUGUCAUUCGUCGUCGGAGAUAACUUCAUCUAAGCUUGCAGCAACGGCAUCCCCUAGCUUUCGAAUGCAGGCUGAGGCCCCAGGUGUGGCCCUACGCGAGGGCAUCCAGGCUCUCUGUGUCCAAGAGGCAGAGAGUAAAAACGAAGCGUGCAAACAGGAGGAAGGCACGAAACAACAGGAUGGCGAGAUGAUCGCUGCAUCGGUGGAGGACGCUGCCACCAUGGACGACAAAGGUCAAGAAAGUGAAGCAAAUGACCAAGACACAGACAAGCUGGAAGGAGACGAACACACAAACGCACCUCAGUCGGUGGCAGCGGUGGAGGACGAAGAGGGAACGCAGGUGGCAGCGAAGGACGGCGAAUGGGAACUGGUGUACAGCGAUGAGGAAAUGGAGGACCCCAAGAACUGGAUGCCGCCUCCUUCUGAGAUCAAGAGACUCUAUGAGCUCCUGGCCAAGGGCGAGAUGCUGGAGCUCAACUUCGAGCCCCUUCCCCGGAGACCGCCCACGCCCGAACGCCCCCUUUCGCCCAAAAGGGAGGAGGAGGAGGACGAGGCUGAGGAGAGAGCGAAGAAAGAGAGGGAUCUCAAGCCACCAAGUCCAACUGAGUUUGACUUUAAUGAGGAGCAUCAAUUGCAAGCCACCCCGAAAAGUUCUUUCAUUAAUAGACGUAGGACACCAGGGUCAUCAGCUCGCUCGUCCGUGAAAAGGGAGGCCAGGAUGGACAAAGUGCUGUCGGACAUGAAGCGCCACCGCAAAAUCGAGGAGCACAUCAUGCGCACGGGCCGAGAUCUCUUCAAGAACGACAAGAAGCUGGAGGCGGCGUUGUCGCCCAACAGCCAGAAGGAGCGAGACAAGGAACGGGAGCGAGACAGCAACCCCAAUACCAUCUUCUCACCUAGGCAGAGGAGAUACUGAACACGAUUGUUCCUGUACAUUUUCCGAGGCGCUUUUUCAUUUGAUCUUUUCUUAUUAAUGUUACAAGCUUUCUAUGUUUUCUAUGUUUUUGUAUGAUGGCAAUAAACAUGCUAACCUGAGACGA